CUCUCUCUCUCUCUCUCUUUUUAUUUAAUUAAUAUAAAGAAAAAGAACCAUCAACAACUCCAACCCCCAAAACUCACGGGCUUCUCCUCUUCAAACCGACCUCCUUUUAUUUUCCCUUACCCUUUUGAGAGAGAGAGAGAGAGAGAGAGAGAGAGAGAGCUUAACGGGUUCGGGCCAACAAUGGAUCCGAGCGCAGGCGACGGAGCUCACAGCAUACAAGGAGUCCACACCCAUGGCGGUCGCUACGUCCAGUACAAUGUGUACGGCAAUCUGUUCGAGGUCUCCACCAAGUACGUGCCUCCUUUGAGGCCCAUGGGCCGAGGGGCUUACGGUAUCGUCUGUGCUGCUGUAAAUUCACAGACUCGUGAGGAGGUUGCUAUUAAGAAGAUUGGGAAUGCAUUUGAUAAUCGAAUUGAUGCCAAAAGGACUUUAAGAGAGAUAAAACUUCUUCGUCACAUGGAUCAUGAAAAUGUAAUUUCCAUCAAAGACAUCAUACGACCUCCACGUAGAGAAAGCUUCAAUGAUGUUUACAUUGUUUAUGAGCUGAUGGAUACUGAUCUUCAUCAGAUCAUACGUUCCAACCAAGCAUUGAAUGAUGACCACUGCCAGUAUUUUCUAUAUCAGUUACUGAGAGGGCUGAAGUAUGUGCACUCAGCAAGUGUAUUGCACCGGGAUCUUAAACCUAGCAAUUUACUUUUGAAUGCAAAUUGUGACCUGAAAAUAGCAGAUUUUGGCCUAGCAAGAACAACAACCGAAACCGAUUUCAUGACGGAAUAUGUUGUCACUCGGUGGUAUCGUGCUCCGGAGCUGCUUCUUAAUUGUUCAGAAUACACAGCUGCUAUCGAUAUUUGGUCAGUUGGGUGCAUACUUGGUGAAAUUGCAACCCGGCAGCCGUUAUUUCCAGGAAAAGAUUAUGUGCAUCAAUUAAGAUUGAUUACCGAGUUAAUAGGUUCACCAGAUGACUCAAGCCUCGGAUUUCUCCGAAGUGAUAAUGCUCGAAGAUACGUGAGACAACUUCCUCAAUACCCAAGACAGCAAUUUCCUGCUAGAUUUCCCAACAUGUCAGCUGGAGCCGUUGAUUUGCUUGAAAAAAUGCUUGUGUUUGAUCCAAGCAAGAGAAUAACAGUUGAGGAGGCUCUUCAUCACCCAUAUUUAGCAUCUCUUCAUGACAUAAAUGACGAGCCUGUUUGCCCCGCUCCUUUUGUUUUUGAUUUCGAGCAACCAUCAUUUACUGAAGAAGAUAUAAAGGAGCUAAUUUGGAGGGAGUCUCUGAAGUUCAAUCCUGACCCAGCACACUAGGUUAAAUUUCGGAGAAUGUUUAUUAGGCCAAUGUUGAAGCCAGGAAAGCUGAUUCAAGAGAUAAUGGCAUGCUAAAGUUCUCUGGAGAGAUGAGUGUAAAGUUCUUUUUGUGUGUAUAAAUAAGAUUUCAACAAAUAAGCGUAUGAGUUUAGAGAGUAUUGACAGAUAUUCUAUUUGAUUGGUAUCGUUACACUCAAAGCCAUUUGUAGUGUAGGUUUUAUGGUUUGACUUCAUAUUUAAAGCAAUUCCUGCAGUACUUAUUUGUGUA